UAACCCUGCGCUCGGCCGCGGAGAGGGACAGGAGAAGAUGGCUGCUGCCCAGCUGUACUGUGUGUGCCGGCAGCGCUACGAUAUUAGCCGGUUUAUGAUCGAAUGCGACAUUUGUAAGGACUGGUUUCACGGCGGAUGUGUCCAGGUGGAGGAGCAUCAUGCAGCUGAUAUUGACCUCUACCACUGUCCCAACUGUGAACCCAUCCACGGACUCUCACGCAUGAAGAAGAGGAAUAACUGGCACAGGCAUGAUUACACAGAGCCGGAUGAUGGCACUCUGCCAGUUCAGGCUGGAACAGCCGUCUUCAUUAAGGAGCUGCAGGAAAGAACUUUCCCCAGUGCUGAUGAGAUCCUGGUGCAGAUGCAGGGCAGUCAGGUGACUCAGCAUUUCCUGGAAACAGAGGGCUUCCACUACCCCAUAACAGUCGCAGACAUGGAAGGACUGGGGCUCAAACUGCCCCCGCUGUCCUUCUCUGUCACAGACGUGGAGCAGUAUGUGGGUGGGAAUAAAGUCAUCGAUGUGAUUGACGUAGCCAGACAGGCAGACAGUAAGAUGAAGCUGAGUGAGUUUGUGAAGUAUUAUUAUCAGCCAGAGCGGCCCAAGGUGCUGAACCUCAUCAGCCUGGAGUUCUCAGAUACUAAGAUGGCAGAGCUGGUGGAGGUUCCAGAUAUCGCUCGUAAAAUGUCCUGGGUGGAGAAUUACUGGCCGGAUGACUCUUUCUUCCCUAAACCAUUUGUGCAGAAGUACUGCCUGAUGGGGGUAAAGAACAGUUACACAGACUUCCACAUCGACUUCGGAGGAACUUCAGUGUGGUACCACGUUCUCUGGGGGGAGAAGAUUUUCUACUUGAUCGAGCCAACUAAGGCUAACCUUGCACUAUAUGAGUCUUGGAGCUCGUCGCCCAAUCAGAGCGAAGUGUUCUUCGGGGAGAAGGUGGAGAAGUGCUAUAAGUGUGUGGUGAAACAGGGGACCACUGUACUUCUGCCUACAGGCUGGAUCCAUGCUGUGCUCACCUCUCAGGACUGCAUGGCUUUCGGUGGGAACUUCUUACACAACCUGAACAUAGGCAUGCAGCUCAGGUGUUAUGAGAUGGAGCGGAGGCUGAAGACUCCAGACCUUUUUAAAUUUCCUUAUUUCGAGGCCAUCUCCUGGUACGUGGCCAAGAACCUGUUAGAGACACUGAAAGAGCUGCGGGAGGAGAAGUGCCAGCCUCAGGAGCAUCUGGUGGAUGGAGUGAAAGCUUUAAUCUCUGCACUGAAGACCUGGCUCAGGAGAGAGUUAACAGGACCCAGCAGUGAGGUUCCAGAUAACAUCAAGCCCACCCUUCUCAUCAAGGAGCUGACCAAGGAAAUACGCCACCUAGAGGAGGACUCGAGUCCAGUAAAGACAGUGAAAUCUCAGGGAAUGUCCUCAGAGUGUUUGUCCACACGCUCCGCUCUGGAGAGACAGUGCCAGGUGCGACGGGCAGCUCGAAGGCUCCGGGAGCACCGCCAUCAUCACCGCCAUCGUCAUCAUCAUCAUCACCACCAUCAUCAUCGACACCGCCAUCAGCAGCAUGCCAAGCCCACCUCCAACCUGGACAUCCUGGAGCUGCACACCCGGGAGGUUCUCCGCAGGCUGGAGGUCGGCCCUCUGGAAGAGCAGGGUUCAGACUUCGGCUCCAAGACGAACGGCAAGUUCAGGAGGAUCAUCAUGACGUCUGCUGUAACUGUGAAGAGGAGUCCUGAUAACGCCCUGCGGCUGGUGAUGUGUAAUGGACGGAUCAUACGAGAGAGGAGGCGGCUUGCCAGUGUAGCACUGAAGCAUGAGCGAGACAAGACCUUGCCAUGCCAGCAACACCAGGUCAAAGCAGAAAAAGCAUUACCAUGCCAACAAGAUGGAGUGAAAAAGGAGAGCUCCUUGGAGGUGGAGUUAGAGACACUGUGCACUGUGAAAGCCACCAAUCACAAACUCAGGACAGAGCUGCUGAGCUCAGGGUCGAACCUGCAGUCAGAUAAAGUUGAGGCAGCCAAUGCAGAGAAGCACUCUUCAGAUUCAGGAAGCUCAGAGGAUGAAGAGUGUGUGAGACAGAAGAGGAAAGGCUCAGGGAGCUGCGUGCCCGGCCAAACCAGCCAGUACCACAGAUCACUAAAACGGGAACGGCCUACCUCACCCAGCCCGGAGAAGGCCCUGCAGGGCGUGCUGUCUGUGGCAGGCCUGAUGUGCCAGCAGAUGCCAGAGGAGGGCACAGUUUCUCAGGAGGCCUGGUGGUCCAACCAGACCAGCAGCAAUGAGGCUGCCAGUCCGGACAGGGCAACAGGAAGUCCAGGAGAGGAAUAUUUAUACCGGGAAAGCUCACUGUCACCCCCACUCCACCCCACCAAGAGACACGCCCACAACCCCAGCCCCAUCAACAACCAGGCCACUAAAGGCAAGCGUCCCAAAAAGGGCAUGGCAACAGCCAAGCAGAGGCUGGGGAAGCUCCUGAAGAUGAGCAGACACACAAGCCUGCUCGUGUAGCAUGACUGGGACCAGAGCACACACUCAUACACUGACAAACACCCACACCACCUUUUCUCUCUACCUAACACACACACACACAAAACACAUACAUGCAGCACUCUAAAUGUGCAUGUUUAGGUGACAAGAUAUGUUUGAAUGGCACUAGCAUGCUGCUUCACAGCUCAUAUGGAGCGAAUGACACGGAAAAUGGAAAACGUCCUCAAAAACAGUGCAGGGAAAUUUUAAUCACGCAUUUUGAAAUAGGAAAAAAACAUAAAAAACAUAAAUAAAAAUAGCCUAAAGUUUCUGGGUGGGUCUCCAAAGCUCAGAGGCUGAGGUAUUGGUAAUAGCACAGGCUGCUGUACUCUGUUGAGACCUGCAGGACUAUGGGCAGUGGUAUGGCCAAAGCUGUGUUUUCCAAUUCAGCCAAUCCUUCAGCUUCAAACCUCCUUUUAUACUGAAAUUUGUAGAUUUGUCACAGUUCGGCUUGGCCAGAGUGUGAUCUCCUCCCUCUCCUACCUCCAUACUGUUGUGUAGCAUAAGUGAAAAUGGUGCUUUUUGGGCCGAGGAUGGCUUUUUCGUAUUUUUUCAAAGCCUGGUUCAGGGCGUAUCUUCUUUUUUUGGUCUUUUUUUUAUCUCUCUGUCUCUCUCUCUCUGUCUCUCUCUCUUUCUGUCCCUGUCUCCUCAUCGCUGACUACCUUCAUCCUCUCUAGCUGUUGUCUGUGGCUGUGAAUGAUGAGCUUAAAAAGACUUGAGGGCCGGAAUUUCCUGUAUUUAUGUUUUUAAUGGAGAAUCUUAUUCUGAUCUCCUUAAUUCAGUUCAAAGCGAACUCUAAUUCUGGUGGGAAAGCCAGCCUGGAGGUUUCUAAAUGGUGCUGAACGUUUUGGAAGCUCUACACCACUAUCCUUUCAAACCCUUGGAGCAAUAAUUGUACAGUGUUGAUUGGUUGGUUUGUUUGUUUUAUUGAUUGAUUGAUUGAUUGAUUGAUUAACAGAUCUGUUGACAGAUCUGUUGGUUAUGUUAUGUUCACAGGCAGCACCCCCACAGAGCUAGUCCUGUCUGAUCCUAUAGUUAUUGUUAUAGUAGUAGGUAGCUAACCAUUAAGCACAAUUUUUAAGGGGAAGUUCACUGAUUUUUAUGAAUUUCUCUAUAAUUAUGGGUUUUGAUCAAUUUGAUAUGAAAUACACUGUUUAUAUAGAUGAUGAUUAUGGUAAAAUACUAAAAAAAAUCUGACCAAAAUUGUUGGUUUCAUUGGGGACUAUUUUGGUGCGCAAUGCCCUGAAACUUUAUAUGUAUCCAUCCACUCUUUCAUUGAUUUGUGAUCUAUUUUAUAACUGUUCUAUGCUUAAAAUGUUACCAAAUCUCUUGUUGGACUGCCGUGGUCACCGAAAUGGAUCCCUGUUCAUGUUUUAAUGUACUUUGUGUGAUUGUGAGGGCACUGUAAACUCCCACAAUUCACUCAUAAUUAAUUGUAAACACUAUUAGUAAAUAAUUUGGAUAUUGUGUGGGCUAGUAAUGAGGGAGUAGGGAUCCAGUUUUAUCUUUACUAUACUCAUUAACUUAUUAGUAUUUUUAAUUUGUUUGCAAAUGAGGAACACCUUUUUUUUUAUUUUUUUUUUUUUAUUUUUUAUCUUCUCCAAAACUUCUGAAAAGCUCUGGAUUUGCCCUUUACCGUAGCACUGGGGUUAUCUGCUGCCACCCUGCGGACAGACAGGUAAACUGCAGUGGGUGGUGCUGCCUUGUAUUUUUUUCUGCUGUGUUUAGACUGUAAGGAAUUCAGUGAGAGCAUAAGAGCUCAGGGAGAAAUGACAUCAUUUCCUGCCUAAUUUGUGUUAUUCUUUUUUCCUUCAAGUGUUUUAAAUGUAAAUGUUUUCUGUGUUUUUUUUCCUAUUUGUUGGCUGUUAACUUAUUAAUUUCUAAGAGAUGAAAAAUGAUGAAAAUGAUUUAUGACAUUCUGCUAUAAGUGCUUCCUGCUAUAAGGGUUGCUCUUGGAUUUAUUUGUUUUUCCCCGUUUGCUUGUUUUUUGUUGAUGUAAAUAUGUGAAAUUUCGAAUGCGAGCGGGGACUUUAUACGAGCAAUGAAAUUCACUGAUCUUCACAGCGUUUUGUAGACGUCUACUUUCGCUCAUUUGAAGCAUAAGAUUUGAUGUAUUCAAGGUUUUUGCUAAACUGUGCUGUAACUAAUGAUUAUUUUAAUUUGGGACGUCCUCAGUGCCUGUUCUCUGACUAUUCCUCAUCAAGAACAGCCAAAACUAAUGAAAACAAUCUGAAUACAGGUGAAGCUGCAGGUGUUCUGGUUUGCUUGAGUUUGAGUGUGUUUUGGAUGAAAGAUGAUGGUGUGUUUCUCAGGGAACAAGCGACGUACCAUCUUUAAUUUCACCACCAGCAUCAUUCACACUCUCGUUAUGAGCCAGGCUCGUUAACUUUUAUUUAUAAUUCUGUAAACGUAUCUCCUGUCUGCCAUGUGUAACAAUGUGAUUCUGAGUCUCAGUCUCCUUCCUGAAGUUAAGCUUAGCUAAGCAGGGGUUAGUGUAUAUAUAAAUGCAGGACAGGAAUCUGCUGUUCUAGGACCCAACAUUUUUACAACGCUGCCACCUAGCAGUACAGGAAGCAUGUAGGAGCUUGUACCUUACAAACUAGUACCUUGCACCACUAGAAGUAUGAGGCUAAUGUAGCUAACAAGUGGUGGAGACUUUUCCUCACAUACCUACCUUACAUGUUAGCACUAGAACUACACUAUAUUGCCCAAGUAUCCGCUCAUCUGCAUUGCGUUGGGUGAUGAUAGCCUUUUCUGGAGUUGCUCAGCCAUGGAAACCCAUUCCAUUAAGCUGUGUCUACUGUUCUUAAGCUAAUCUUCUGCCACUGCUCUGUUAUUUUACAUUGACAGAGGGAGCUGUUUUCAUUCCCAGUCUCUUCCACUUUGUUAUAAUAUCACUAACAGUUGACUGUGGAAUAUUUUUAGUAGUGAGAAAAUUUCACCACGGGACUUGUUGCUGAAAUCUACUGAGCUCCUGACAGAGAAAUAUUCUUUCACUAAUGUUUGUAGAAGCAGUCUGCAUGACUUGGUUCUAGGUUUUAUACACCUGUGGCCAUUGAAGUGAUUGAAACCUGAAUUUAAUGCUUUAGAUGGGUGAGCGUUUCCUUUGGCAAUGUAGUGUAUGAAGCUAAUAUAAAUAUCUUAUUUGGAGCUUACAUCAAUGGGCCCAUGACGCUAAUAGAGCUAAAAAUAGGAGCUUGUGGUGUACCGCCAGGUGGCAGUGUCGUGAAAACGUAGGGUGUAGAAGCAGCAGAGUCCUGUACUGUAGUCUGAACCUACUCUUUAGGGGUUUCCCGUGUUUUGUACCCAAGGAUUAUCUCUGGUUGGGUGGAGGACUGUCUGGCUUGCCUAGGCUCCUCCCUCAGAGAAUGAUUGUGUUUACAUGCACUUCAUAAUCGUAUGUUAUUUACAUCACGUCUUAUUCUGUAAGUUUAGUUGCUGGCAAAGCCAAAAAUAUCUGAUUGACUAAAAUCUUACCCACGUUCAAGUUAAAUCAUUGAUCAGAUUACUGACAAAAUCUUAUUCUGCAGAUAUUAGAUUAUGAAAUGCAUGUAAACAGAGAAAUCAGUGAAAAAAAACUGUGGUUUCCGGUCCUUUAAGAACUGGUGCCGAUCAUUUGUUUAAAAUGGAUUUAAAUGAACUGAUGAUUAAGUGAUUUUACAACAUACUUAAAUAACUGCAUAUCAUUUUUUUGCCCCACCCCUUCAUGCUUAAGUCAUAAGGAGUAUUUUAGGAAAAUACAGAGCAGAGUUCAUUUGUAUAUAUAUAACCUGUAAAAAAUGUGUUAAAGGCACAAUAAAAAUGAGCUUGUUUAAUUAUAAGAAAUAUAAGUUUAUGACUGACGUGUUAAUUAGUGAAAAUAAAAAAAAAAUAAAAAUAAUUGUGGUUAUGGGCUCUUAAGGAAACUCUCCCCACUCAUUUUGAAUUGGUUUAAUUUAAAUCUGCAUAUUCAGCCCCGCCCCUUCAUGCUGAAGUUAUAAAGAGUGUUUCAGUAUGUUUAUAGGGCCAAUAAAAAAAUAAAACUUGCUAUGGGUCAGUGAUCUGGUCUUGCACUAAAUCUAGUCUCAGAAGUGAACUGUCUUUAAAAAAAAAAUUAAGUUUUAAGAUUAAUCUGAGUCUGGGAGUGUCUCAAGUAAAAGAUUUUUUUUAGCAGAAUAAUAUAUUCAAAAUAAUCAAUCCUGGACCAGACAAAAUUGUUAAUAAAGUAUUAAUGUUAUUAAUACAUUAGUUAAUAGCAUUUUGUUUUUGUAUUGGGAAAAAUCAAUCCAUUAAAAUGUCCAAGAUUAUGUGGAGUUUAAGUUAACAGGCUGUAAAGAGAGUGUUCAAUUCAGCUGAAGCAAAAACCUUGUAGAAAUAUUUUGUACAGUAUUAUUAUUAUUAUUAUUAAUUAUUCCAUUUUUGACUCCACCUGUUGGCGACUGUGUGUGUAACCGUGCUCCGCCCCCUGUUCUAUUCAAGAUCAGAAACUCUCCUGUGGGAUUCUGGGUCCGCCCCCCCGCAGUAAGAGUAAAGUGUAAAUAUUUGUCCAGGUGAAAUACUGAAGGUUUUUGUAGCUCAUCUUCUUUUGCAUCCUUUUCACCUAUUGUUCAGUGCUGAAUAAAUGCGUUUGAGAAGAGA